AUGUCAUUGAGUUCAAAUCUAGAUCCAGAUAAAAAGAAAAACGAAAACUGAAGAUACAUCCAUCUCCUUGGAAACUCCAAAAAUCCAAAUAAAGGUUACCAAAAAAACCAAAUAACAACGUAUCGAUAUACAUUCCUGAAUUUCUUCCCAAAAAAUAUCCGUGACCAAUUUCGAAAUUACGCUUAUUACUGAUAUCUAAUAGACCCAAUUUCACAAUUAAUUGAAAAUCCCAAUUCUUAUGACUGAACAUCACGGCUUCAUGCCAAAUGACUGUGGAAAUUUGAUAGUGCGACAUCUCCUAGGGGAAAAUUUGUUCGAAUCAUUUUCGAUAGUGAGACAUUUGACCAAAAAAACCGUUAAAUUUCGGCUAAAUGGGUACGUUUUUAAAAAAAUUUUCAACCAAAAAUACUUCGGUGAAAUGCACAUAUCAAAAAGGCACUAUCAUUGGGCCUGCACCCGAACAUCAAUACUGCCUAUAGCUCUUCUUUUAAUAUUUACUUUUAUGUUUGAUGCUUAUAGAGAUAUAAGAAAUCAUAAAAAUGAUAAGAAAGUAAAUGAAAAAAUAUUUGAAAUAUGAGAUGGGCUACAAUUUAGACAGACAAAAAGUGAAAAUAUUUGUGUAGGAGAUAUAAUUUUACUGAAUGAGAACGAUUAUGCACCAGCAGAUAUUCUUAUUAUUUGCAUUGGAGAAAAUGAGAAAGAGUGCUACGUUGAAAAGUCUGGGUUUAUUGGAGGCACAGAUAUUAAAGUAAAGAAGCCGAUAAAAGAUGUACAAAGGCUAUUUGAUACUAUUGAUAUUGAUGAAGCGUCAACAAUUUUAGGCCGCAUAAAUGGAAAAAUAAAAAUCCCCGAUUCUUCAUCCAAAGAUAUAAAAGGAACUUUUAAGAUGAGUAUAAACCCAGAUCACACAGAAAUUAGCUCUGAGAAUUUUAUUCAGCAGUGAUCUUAUAUAAUUGAGACUUCAUGAAUUUUAGGAGUUGUAAUAUACACAGGGAAUGAAACUUCUGUAUCAGUAUCAUUAAGAGAAAAAUAUAGAAUUUCUACUAUAGAAAAGCAACUGAAUAUAUGGGUUUUGUGGAUCGGCUCCAUAUAUUUUUGUUUUGUCAUCGCAUCCUUUUUAGUUAAUUUACUUAUAUAUGGCACAAAGUACGAUGAUAAUUCUCGAUCUUUGUUUCUAACAACGACUUUUGUUUUAAACAGGCAUGUCCAUAUAUUUUUAUAUGUGAUUUUGCCUAUCAUUCGGUUUAUCCAAAUCUGGAGACUCUCAAAAACCUAUCCUGGCGUUACUUUUCACUCAAGUAAAGCUCUUGACGAGCUUGGCCAAGUUGAAUAUAUUUUAACAGACCGCUCUGGAACUAUUACAAAAAAUAAAUUGAUGAUAUCAUCAUGCAUGGUUAAUGACGCAGUUUACAUUAACACAAAAACUCAAUUGCCAGAUCAAAAAACAGAUACAUCGCCGUUUCAUACAGGGAAUUUCCUUAUUGAUAGCGCAAAUCGUAGGAUAUCAAAUGAAAAUUUAUCAUUUUAUACUUUAAAAAAUGAAUUGAUUGGCUCCCAAAACAUAAAUAAAAUGGUAUUCGGCUAGACGAAAUUAGCUCCGCUAAUUUUCUCUCCAUCAAGCAAUUUUAUUUGUGGGGUUCGGUUUAUCUCGAGAACUUCUGCACAGCAAUAGUGGUUUAACUCUGUGGAUAAAUAGAGGAACUGCUCCUCAGUGCACUCAAGAGGCUCAGGUCUUUACCCUAAGCACACCUUGAGGAAGGUGGCCCUUAGGGGGAACACACACAGGAGUUGAGUAGAAUAGAGCUGUGGCAGCAGCAAAGCCCGUUGAAGCCGAAACGCUUUAUUUGUCCGUGCCUUGGUGAAUCCAAAGUGGAUCGAUCCAGAGGUCCAUGGGCCCGACACGUAGACAAAUAUGGUGGCAGCUCUGGACAAGGUUACCCCAUAGUAGACGUAAGAUAUUAUAAAUAAUUUAAGAUUAAGACUGGCUCUCAAAACAGGAGAGGAGAUGUUUACAAUUUUAUUAUGUGCAUGGCAAUUUGCAAUCAAUUUUUCCCAAAAAUUUCUAGAAAAUGCAUAUCGAUAUCUGCAGAUGAUAGAACUCUUGUAGAAACCGCGGGACAAUUAGAUUAGAUUAUUAAGUAUCUUACUUAAUUAUCUAUAACGUUUAAAGUUUACUACGGGGUAGCCGUUUCCUGAGCUGCCACCAUAUUUGUCCACGUGUCGGGCCAUGGACCUCUGGAUCGAUUCACUUUGUUGCACCAGGGCACAUGUCCAUAUGGCGUUCCGGCUUCGACGGGGAUUAUUAAGUAUCUAGCAUUAAGCGGUUGGUCAAGCAUAAAACCCAUCCCUCUAACUCCUUCAAUAUCAAACUACCUAGUCUUAAUAAUAAGAAAUAUAAGAGAUAUUGCAGUAUUUUCGCUCCUAAACUAUUAAAAAUGUGAUUUAUAGAAUGCUUAUACAUAUUUUAAUACUUUAUUUCAUAUCUCUACUAUAUAAAAAAUUUAUAUGGCUAUCACAUUUAGCUUAUAUUUUUGUAUUAAAUUUAAAUGAGAUAUAUCAUAUCAUGUUUUAUAUUUUAAGUUUAAGUUUAAGUUUAACGAAUUACUCUAGCAUAUUGCCAUCAGUCUUCUUUUACUUGAGGGUCAAGCUACAUUAACAGCUGAAUAACGGUAGGUGGACCGGCCUAACCGUCAAACCAUUAAAGUUAAUAAGCCCGUUAAGACUUCUCUAGUCAGUGCCAGCCUCAGCACCGACUUCUUCUCUUUUAAGCGGAUACUCUCAAGAAGCUUGACUUCUCUCACUAAGCUCUGAUAAUAGGACCCGGACCUGCUUAGCAGGAGUUAGGACCUAUUCCUAACUGGCAUUUGUAAUAUUGUGAUGUUUUUAUAUUUAAAUAUAAGCUAUUAAGCAUACUAUAUCUGUUAAAAACGCAUUGUUUAGUGAAAUCGAUGCUAGAUAUAUUAUGUGCCUAUGAUGCAUAAUUAUGCUUUAUUUAUUUAUUUAUUUAUUUAUUUAUUUAUUUAUUUAUUUGUGCCUAUCCAUUUUAAGGAUAAUAAUGCUAUUUAGCCUAGUAAACAAAACCACCUAAGCAGUAUUUUUCGACUAUAUCAAAGAGUAUAGUUUAAUUUGAGGGAUAUGGGGUGGGUUUUAUACUUGAUCAAGUGGUUGAUCUACUAGUCUUUACCUUAUCUUGUUCCCAAAAAGGUACAGUAAAUUGAUUCAGGGUGCAAAUAAGAAUAAUAAGAGUACUUCUUGAAUUUACAAUCUGAUGACCUACAACAAGGAUCAGCUUCUUGGGGUAGAGCCACUCUCUGGGAGUGCCCAGACAGCCCCCAUAAGGAAAGACUGUGUGGUAAGGAAAAUCUGCCUAGCGUAAGCAGUAACAGGAAAAAAUUCGAGGAGAAACAAAACUUCUCUCUUCAAUAGUAUCCCUAGUCAAAAUGCCUUCUGGGAAGCACAUAGGUGCUUGAAUUUAGCACCUAAGAUACGCUCUACAUCUUUUAGGGAGUAAGCUUAGGAGUCCGCCUUUCGUCAUCAUCAUUCUAUUUUUAUCUGGACAAUUAGGAAUUCAAUUAGUAAGCAGAACACAUAAAGAAUGCCUCGUUAAUAUUCUAGGGAAUAUAAAAGUAUUAGAUAUAAUUGCAUAUCGACCAUUCUCAGCAAAAAACAAGAAAAACCGAAUUAUCGUUUUUGAUGAAAGCACUAAAGAAACUAUUUUAUAUGUAAAAGGUACAAAAGAAUCUAUGAAUGAAUUAUUUGAUUUAUCGAAUGAAGACAAGCUUAACAUUGAAGAAAACCUAUACACCUUUAAUCUUUUAGGAAAAAGAUUGAUAUUUAUGGGCUAUAAAGUUUUGACUGAAAAAGAGAUUAAGUACUUCAGUUUUGCUUAUAAAAAUGCUAAAAGAUCACCAGUUAAUAGCGAAGGAAGGAUUGAAAGCAUUUUUGAGUCAUUGGAGCAAAAGUUAAAAUUUCUGGGCUGCAUUACAAUAGAAGAUAAAAUUUCUAAAAAAACAAAAAAUGCUGUAUCACUUUUAACUCAAGCUGGAAUAAAAUUUUGGCUUAUGAGCGGUGAUGAUGAAGAAAUCACACUUACAACUGCGAUUUCUGCGAAUAUGUUUGAUCUAAAUGCUAGUAUAGCAAGAUUAGCGUCUUAUUCUUCGCAUUUAGAAUGCCAUAUGGAUAUGAUUGAGCAUGUAAAAAGAUUUAUUUUGCAUGUAGGUGAAGAUAUGACUGAUAUAAACCCCUUAUCAAUUCCAAAAGAAUUCGGAAAAGCUCCCUUGCACUCUUCUCAAAAGCUUUUAAGUGUCCCGAAUCUAUCAGAAAUUGACCAAAAUUGAACCCCAAAGCUAUCUGGGAUUAUAGAAAAAAAGAAUAUAGGAAGAGAAAAAUCAGCAGUCAAUAAUAUUCAUCCAUUUUUAGCUCAGCUGACUACUAUAAAUUUAUCUUCACCUCUAAAGAUGACUUUUAACCCUGAAUCUGUCUUUUUUGUAUUAUCUGUUGAUGCGCGAAGUAUCACUCAUGAACUUGGCUCAGAAGAAAACAGAAAAUUAUUUUGCGCUUUACUAACUCUACUCACUAAAGAAUGAGAAAAACCAUUUGAAAAUACAACAAUUCUGAUGAAAUUAACUAAAUUUUAGAGCUAGCAAAAAAAUUUUCUAUAUAAAAUUUUAUUAUAAAUAAAUUAGACUUUUCAUUUUGAUUCAGAUUUAAAAAAAUAUUUUUUUAUAAUAAAAAACUUUUAGAAAAUAAUUAAGCUACUCACUCUCAAAGGGGGUAAGUGCUGCCAAUUGCGUUUGUUUCCAUUCACUUUUACCAGGGCAUAAAAGACAAAUCGCCUCGUUAUUGAAAAAUAAUUUUUCAUAUAAACCUACUUUUUUGACAAUUGGAGAUGGCGCAGGCGAUGUGGGGAUGAUUAAAAAAGGUCAUGUUGGAAUAGGGAUUGAAGGUAAAAAAUGAGGAUUUGCUGCGGAUGCAGGAGAUAUUGCGGUUAAGGACUUUUCGCAAAUAAAAGAUCUGAUUUUGUUUGAAGGGCAUUGAAAUUAUGUAAAGAUUUCGAAUGUUAUUUUGAUAUAUUUAUUUUCAAGCUUUAUGCAUACUUAUAUCAUAUUUUUCUAUACUUUUGUGAAAGUGGCUGGCGGAAACGCAAUAUUUAGCAUUGGGAUGACAUGAUAUUAUUACGGAUUUUUAACGGCAAUUCCCUUAAUUAUAAUUGGAAUUUUUGAUGAAGAUGUAGAAGGCCAUCAAAUUGCAAAAUUUCCUGAAAUUCAUAAUGUUGGACUACAUAAGCUUAUUCUUACAAGUAAAAAGCUGAUUCUUAUUUCUAUAAAAGCUCUUAUCCAAUCAUUGCUGAUUUUUUAUAUGGUGCUUUAUUGUGGAAUAUUAAAUAACGAUGGAUACACUGAAAAUGGUGCAUAUAUGUCAUUGGUAAUGCAUAUAUCACUAUACGGCUCAUUUCUUGCAUAUUUGAUACUGGAAACUUACUCUUACAGCUUUAUUAGCAUUAUUGGAUAUAUCAUUUCUAUUAUCUCGCUAAUAGUAUAUCUAGAAAUAAUGUCAGAAGUACCGAGUUCUCAUAUGUUUGGAAAUUUAGAAAUGACUAACACUUCUCCAUUGCUUUUUUGCCAGUUUUUCUUUAUUCCACUGAUCUGUCUAAUAGUAAAUUAUGCAACAAAAUGCUAUGAAAUAAUGUUUUACCCAGGAUUCAUUGAUUUUAUUAGAAGUAAGUUUAAUGGAAAAUUGUUUUUUGAAGCAAAAUCCAGAGUAGAUUUAUUUAAUGGAAGACUUGACAAAGUCUACAAAGAAAGCAAAAAAUUAAGAAAUACCAAGAUUAAAAAGGAAUUUACAAUAAACAAGUGAAUUUUGAGAUUUUGGGAUGAGUCUACUGAAAAAGACUAUCAAAAUGAAAAAAUUGAAGAAACAUUGAUUAUUUAUCGAGCAUUCAUUAUGUACCGGUUUAUUGUAAUUUUAUCUAUUUUCAUCUACGUAUGGUCGGAUGAAAUUGAUGAUACAACUCUAGGUCCAUUUUUUACUGUGACUGCAUUUAUUUAUGCAGGAUUUGUUGCAUUUUCUUUUAUUUCUCAUUUUAAAUAUCAAAGAAAAACAAUCACAUUAUUAAUGAAUCUUUGUGAUAUCAUUAUGAUUAUAAUUCACUCAUUUGUUCUAGGCUUCCAAAUUCCCACCAUAUAUCUAAGCUGGCCUUCUGUAAUUUUUAUUGGUUCCUGCACAGAUUGGACCACAACCAUAUUUUCAUCCUUAUCAGCCUCAGUAUUCAUAUGUAUUUCUGCUUACAUCCACACUUCUAAUCUGGAUGGCCUUACAUCUACUGAAGCUUUCAUAUCAGGAACAGAAUUUACAAUAAUUUAUUCCGCAAUAUGAAUUUCUUCAGCUAUAAUUGGCUAUUCAGUUGAAAGGUAUAACAGAGAAAAAUUCAUCCUAUUAAAAAAAGUAGAAAAUGAAGUAGAAAAAUCCAAACAAGUUUUAGACUGCGUCUUGCCUGAUUUUGUUAGAAAAAGGGUUAAAGAUGGCGCAAGAUAUAUCGCUGACGAUCAAGGAACAGCUACUGUGCUAUUUUGCGAUAUCCACAACUUUGAAGAUAUAGUGGAUGCUUAUCCUUUAUAUGAGCUUACUGCAUUUUUAGACAAUGUUUAUAGGCAAUUUGAUAACCUUUGUGAGAUAAUAGGGGUUACUAAGGUGGAAACUGUAGGAAAAACUUAUAUGGCCUGCGCUGGCAUUAAAGACAGCGAAGCUGAACUGGAUUGAAUAAUCCAAUCUGUCCCUCAUGCAAGAAGAGCUGUGGAAAUGGGUUUGGCGAUGAUUAAAGCAGCUGAAAAAAUCAAAUUAAAAAGUGGAGGGUCUUUACAAGUGAAAGUUGGCAUCCACAGUGGGCCUGUAACGGCAGGAGUUGUGGGGUUUCAUAAGCCUCAGUUUUCGCUUGUUGGAGACACUGUUAAUACUGCAAGCAGAAUGUCUUCAACUAACCAAGAUCCAAAUACAAUACAAAUUUCUGAAGAAACCUAUAAUAGUAUAGAAGAAAAAGAUGAUUUUGCAUUUGCAAAACGCCAGGUUGAAGCAAAAGGGAAAGGUUUCAUUACUGCAUAUACAGUAAGAGAAAGCGAAUUAAAUGAUUUGCCUUUAUUUAGCUUUGGUGAUCCUGAUUUUGUAAUGACAAACUCAAUGCAUUCUGUUAGAAAAAGAACUAUGGUAGAGCAUGCAUGAAGCCCUGAAAGAAGACCAUCAGUUGCAACUGGAAAGGAGCCUAGAAGGAGGCACGCAACUGUCACAGGGGUUAGGAGGAAAUCAAUUGCAUUAUCUCCUGACGCCAAAAAAAUGCCAACAUUAACUCCAGCUGACGGAAAGAGAAAUUCAAUUGUCAUUCCAUCAGCAGGAAGGCAAUCAACUUUAAAUUCAGUCGAAAAAAGAAACUCAUUAUUUACUUCAGAGGCCCGAAAGCAGUCCAUUAUGACAACUCUUGGAGUUUAUGACCAAUCUCUCCUAUAUAAAAGAAGAAAUACUGACAAAAUUGACCCUAUAAAAUUUCAUCCUUUUUCAUGUCGCGAAUCUAAUAAAGAAAGAUGCCUGAGGAUUCACAUAAUAGAGCACAGCCGAUGAAUGCUAAAAAUCAGAAUUUUAACAGCCUUUAUAUGCAGCUUAUUGUUAGGAAUUAUGAAAUUCAUUCUUAUCCAGCUGUCAGAUAAUAGCAACUAUAAUAUCAUUUCAGCGAUUUAUUUUACAUCAGUUCUUAUUUGGUACAUUUCACUUUGAAGGAUAUUUGCAAGGAUUUACAAAUCAAAGUACAUUUCAUGAAUUAUGCAAGUUGGCUACUUGACUCCAAUAAUUUUAGUUCUUAUAAUGAGAUUAAAUCGAAAAGAUGAAGUUGAAAUUGUAGAAGUUUCGUAUCUGUUAUAUUGCACUUUAUUAUCUUCUCAAUGCAUCUGUUCAUUUUUCAAAAACAUUAUAAGCACAACAAUUCUAGCUACAAUUUUUAUAGCUCUUGACCAAAUGCUCAUUGGUGGUUCUGCUAAUAAAUAUAUAUAUUUGAUAUCCAUUAUAUCAUUUGAGUUCGCUAUGCUAUCAAUUUCUUAUUUUACUGAAAAAACGAUGAGGUUUAAUUAUGCGUUAGAAGAUUUUGCUAAAAAAGAGCUUGAAAAAACAGAGAGCUUGCUAAAGCAAAUGAUGCCGCCUCAUGUCUAUAAUAAUUUAAAAGAAGAGACCACCACCACUGAUUCUUUAAGCCAAGUCACCUUAUUGUAUGCAGAUAUUGUAGGUUUUACAGAAUGAUCAUCACAGAGAACCCCAGAUAACAUUGUUGGGAUGCUUUAUGAGCUUUUUAGCAAGUUUGACAUGAAAUGUGUGGAGCAUAAAGUCUAUAAAGUUCACACCAUAGGAGAUUGCUAUGUAGCUAUGGGAUUUAAUGGAGACAUAGAAAGAAACCCAGGAGAAGAGUGUUUAAAGGUCAUAAGAUUUGCAGAGUCUAUGGUAGAAAUAAUUGAAAAAGUGAAUGCAAUUAAUAAUUCAAAACUGAAUAUGAGGAUUGGGAUACAUACAGGAAAUAUUAUAGGAGGAAUUGCUGGAACUAAUAUAGUUCGAUAUGAUAUAUAUGGAAAAGACGUACUUAUAGCAAAUAAAAUUGAAAGCAAUGGGGCAGGUGGGAAAAUACUUGUAAGUGAAGCUGUUAAAAGCUUGAUUGAAGGGUAUAAGCCUGAACUAUAUAACUUUACUUUUCAUAAAGAAAUACCAAUUCAAGCAAUAAAAUCGAAGAUAAAUGCAUUUUGACUGGAUCUUGAUUAA